CUCUAUACAACUUUCAAUUCAUUUCUUGUUUUACAACACCAAUGGCUUCUUUUUCAUUCAGAAUGAAUUCCCACACAAUUAUCUUUCUUAUAAUUGCGCUUCCAAGGUCAAUGGCAAUACUCGAUGCUCAUUACUAUGAUCAAACAUGUCCACAAGCUGAAAAUAUAAUCUUAGAAACACUUCGAAAUGCUUCGUUAUAUGACCCCAAGGUUCCAGCUCGUAUCCUCAGAAUGUUCUUCCAUGACUGUUUCAUAAGGGGAUGUGAUGCGUCGGUAUUACUGGACUCAACUCCAAGAAACAAAGCAGAGAAAGAUGGUCCUCCUAAUAUCUCACUCCGAUCAUUCUACGUGAUUGACGAUGCCAAAGCAAAACUAGAAAUGGCAUGCCCACGUACAGUUUCAUGUGCUGAUAUCAUCGCAAUUGCCGCAAGAGAUGUAGUAACCAUGCCUGGAGGUCUAUAUUGGAAUGUACUCAAAGGAAGGAAAGAUGGAAGGGUAUCAAAAGCCAAUGAAACCAUUAACUUACCAGCUCCAUCCUUCAAUGUAACUCAACUUAUUCAAAGCUUCGCCAAGAGAGGUCUAGGAGUUAAAGAUUUGGUUGCUCUUUCGGGUGGCCACGCUAUAGGGUUUUCCCAUUGUUCUUCUUUCGAAGCCCGACUACACAAUUUCAGUUCAGCCCAUGAUAUUGAUCCGACCAUGGACAGUGAAUUUGCGCUAAACCUGAGGAAGAAAUGCCCGAAACCGAACAAGGAUCGCAAUGCAGGAGAGUUUUUAGACUCAACUUCAUCAAGUUUUGAUAAUAACUAUUACAAAAGAGUCAUGGCAGGUAAAGGUGUGUUGGGAUCAGACCAAGCAUUGUAUGGUGAUUACAGGACCAGAUGGAUUGUUGAGGCAUUUGCCAAAGAUGGAGGUUUGUUUUUCAGAGAGUUUGCAGCUUCAAUGGUGAAACUUGGAAAUGUAGGUGUUAUUGAAGAUGGUGAAGUGAGGGUCAAAUGCCGAGUUGUAAAUUGAGAGAGAGAGAGAGAGAGA